AUGGAAUCGAAGAACUUUAAUUUAACAAAUGUUCAUGGACACGUCACCGAUUCUGACAAUAGUGACGUAAAUGAUGACGCAAUUAGUUUUUCAGCACAACAUAAUGUAGAAGUAAAUACAAUUCAAUUGCACUCCACAGGGAUUAACAAUAACGAACCACUUGCAAAUGAAACCUUGUGCACAGUCGAUGAAGCAUCGAUUACCAGAUCAGAUGAAAAUAUUUCGCGUGAAAUCAGUGAACCUAGCCCGGUUUCGAUUCAAUCAGACCGUGGCAGAGAAACAAUGGCAACAAAUAAUGGCAUAAAUACAAACACACAAGCUUCGUCAGUUACGCUUGAGGCAUUAUAUAGUCUGAUGUCAAACGUGAGCGAGCAAUUAUCUGAUUUAAAGAUGAGUCACAACACAACGAACACAAAACUGGCGAAUCUAGAAGUCAGCCACAACACAACGAACACAAAACUGGCAAAUCUAGAAAUCAGCCACAACAUGACAAACACAAAAUUGUCAAACAUGGAAAUUGGGUUCCAACAGCAGUUUUCAAGUGUAAACACGCAAUUUGAAAACAUACACAGACAUUUCGAUCAACACUUAAAUAAACUCACCAAUGAAAUCGAUCAAAAGAUCGAAGACAAAGUCAUCAAAACCGUCAAUAGUGUAUACAAUGUAUUGGCAAAUGACUUAGAAAAGAAAUUGUCAGAUCUUACAAACAAACAGGAACAGGAACUGUCAGAAAUAGUAGAAACACACAAUCAAACACAAACCGUACAAAAAGAAAUACAUGAAAACGUACAGGCUAUUCAAUUAAAUUUAACAAGAGUACAGUCCGCAUGUGAAGAAAUACCUGACCAAGUUAAUAAAGUUAACGAAGAAGUUGGUUUUCUGAAACAGGAGACUCGACGUAUCAACGCGGACAUUAUCAAAAUAAAUGAAACUUUAGGAAACGGUAAUGUAAAUGAAUCAAUAACUGACCGGGAAACAAAACUUUUUGAAAAAUUAGGUAAUGAAAUCAAAGUAGCCGAGGACAGAAUACGCAAGGAAAUUGCUGGUAGACUGAAUGUUUCAAAUGACUUGCCUACGUCAAGCAACAGGCAGCGCGACACUUAUUCGCCCGUGCCAGAUUACGAUGUCAAUAACGCAGAACAUCACGCGCCCAGUCCGGCGUAUGUGCACGCACCGGCACAGGCAAACAAUGGCUAUUCGCCAAACGCGGUGCUGCAACAGGCAGUAGAAGAGCCGAGCACAAGUAAUCGGAAUGAAUAUUCCGGAACCAAUCAAAACAACGGUAACGGAUAUCAUUUUAAUGGCAGUGGACAAAACCCACACAGUUGGCAUCCGUAUGCGACAAGGCCAAAUAAUGGAACCUGGAAUUACGGAAAUCGGAGGAAUUCGGCGCCACAGAGACGUGAAGACCGAAGGUACAGUACAGAUUACGGUCCACGCCGGUAUGGAAAUGAUAGAAAUCACGUGAAUGAUUGGUCAGGCCCGCGUGAUGAAAGGCGGCACACAAAUGAAAAUUACAAUAGUUACAGUAAUAGGAAUGAUAGACCAAGGAGGAAUAGCGACGGCCGGUCGCAAAAAAAUGUUGCACGCAGCGGUCCGGAAACUAAUUGGCGACAGAAUAACCACUCAGUACACUUUGUAGAGGUAACGGACAGUACUGAAGCAACGCCUUUGUCUCCCCCGGUAAACAACAAUCGGUCGUAA